AUGGUUGAGCUCAAGAUAAAGGAAUCUUCCCUACGUAUACGUGGCUUGAGAGAGAAAAUUGAGGAUCGGGACCUACGUGGAUACCUGACAGCUCUUUUGAUGGAUUUCCUACAAGAAUCUGAAGAAGUUAUUGCAGGGAUGAUAGGUCUGGUGACCUUUCAGGAGGUAUCCAUUCAUUUCUCUGAGGAGGAGUGGGGCCUGCUGGAUCCGGACCAAAGAAGACUUCACAAGGAAGUGAUGGUGGACAAUUAUCAGAAUCGUAUCCACACUGGGGAGAAACCUUAUAAAUGCUUGCAGUGUGGAAAGAGUUUUGCUUAUAAUUCCAUAUUUACAAUCCAUCAGCGUAUCCACUCUGGGGAGAAACCUUAUAAAUGCUUGCAGUGUGGAAAGAGCUUUGCUCAGAGUUCAUAUCUUCCUGUCCAUCAACGUAUCCACACUGGGGAGAAACCUUAUAAAUGCUUGCAGUGUGGAAAGGGCUGUGCUUCGAGUUCAGAGCUUAUUGUCCAUCAACGUAUCCACACUGGGGAGAAACCUUAUAAAUGCUUGCAGUGUGGAAAGGGCUUUGCCUCGAGUUCAAGUAUUACUGUCCAUCAGCGUAUUCACACUGGGGAAAAACCUUAUAAAUGCUUGCAGUGUGGAAAGGGCUUUGCUUCAAGUUCAGAGCUUAUUGUCCAUCAACGUAUCCACACUGGGGAGAAACCUUAUAAAUGCUUGCAGUGUGGAAAGGGCUUUGCUUCGAAUUCAGAGCUUACUAUUCAUCACCGUUUCACUAUCCACCAGCGUAUCCACACUGGGGAGAAACCUUAUAAAUGCUUGCAGUGUGGAAAGAGCUUUGCUCAGAGUUCAUAUCUUACUGUCCACCAGCGUAUCCACACUGGGGAGAAACCUUAUAAAUGCUUGCAAUGUGGAAAGGGCUUUUCUUCGAGUUCAGAGCUUAUUGUCCAUCAAGGUAUCCACACUGGGGAGAAACCUUAUAAAUGCUUGCAGUGUGGAAAGGGCUUUGCUUCGAGUUCAAGUGUUACUGUCCAUCAGCGUAUCCACACUGGGGAGAAACCUUAUAAAUGCUUGCAGUGUGGAAAGGACUUUGCUUCGAGUUCAGAGCUUAUUGUCCAUCAACGUAUCCACACUGGGGAGAAACCUUAUAAAUGCUUGCAGUGUGGAAAGAGAUUUGCUCGGUGUUCAAACCUUACUGUCCAUCAGCGUAUCCACACUGGGGAGAAACCUUAUAAAUGCUUGCAGUGUGGAAAGAGAUUUGCUCGGCGUUCAAGCCUUACUAGCCAUCAGCGUAUCCACACUGGGGAGAAACCUUAUAAAUGCUUGCAGUGUGGAAAAGAUUUUGCUCAAAAUUCACAGCUCACUAUCCACCAGGGUAUCCACACUGGGGAGAAACCUUAUAAAUGCUUGCAGUGUGGAAAGAGCUUUGCUCAGAGUUCAUAUCUUACUGUCCAUCAACGUAUCCACACUGGGGAGAAACCUUAUAAGUGCUUGCAGUGUGGAAAGAGCUUUGCUUCGAGUUCAAGUCUUACUCUCCAUCAGCGUAUCCACACUGGGGAGAAACCUUAUAAAUGUUUGCAGUGUGGAAAGGGCUUUGCUUCGAGUUCAAGUCUUACUGUCCAUCAGCGUUUCCACACUGGGGAGAAACCUUAUAAAUGCUUGCAGUGUGGAAAGGGUUUUGCUUCGAGUUCAGAGCUUAUUGUCCAUCAACGUAUCCACACUGGGGAGAAACCUUAUAAAUGCUUGCAGUGUGGAAAGGGUUUUGCUUCGAAUUCAAAGCUUAGUAUUCAUCACCGUGUCCACACUGGGGAGAAACCUUAUAAAUGCUUGCAGUGUGGAAAGAGCUUUGCUCGGAGUUCAUAUCUUACUGUCCAUCAACGUAUCCACACUGAGGAGAAACCUUAUAAAUGCUCGCAGUGUGGAAAGAGCUUUGCUGUCCGUUCAAACCUUACUGCCCACCAGCGUAUCCACAAUAAGGAGGAAACUUAAAAUUUAUAAUAUAAAUGCUUGCAGUGUGGAAAGAGCUAUGCUCGGAGUUCACACCUUACUGGCCAUCGACUAAUACACACUUGA